AUGCCCUCCAUCCCCCGCGCGACCCUCAAUGACCCCGACCCCCAGAACCAGCCAGACCCGGGGGACCGCUCGGGCAUACCUAUCCAAGUUCAGCAUCUCCCCGUCAGCAUCGUCAGCGAUCCUCCUCCUCCUGCAACCUGCAUCAGUAUCGUCGUCGACGUCGACACGAGGACCGAGCCGACCAUGGCAGGACGUGUGCGCCAGCCCAUCGACCAAAAGUCGUUGGAGCGGUACAUUGAACAGAAUGUGCCCGAGAUCAAGGUGCCUGUCGACCUGAAGCAGCAGUUCGGCUUCGGCCAGUCGAAUCCCACCUACCAACUCACGGCCGCCGACGGCCAGCGCUACGUCCUCCGCAAGAAGCCGCCGGGCAAGCUCCUCUCCAAAGCCGCCCAUAAGGUGGAGCGCGAGUACCGCAUCAUCCACGCGCUCGAGACGACGGACGUGCCCGUGCCGCGCGCCUACUGCCUCUGCGAGGACGACACGGUCAUCGGCACGCCCUUUUACAUCAUGGAGUUCCUCGACGGCCGCAUCCUCGAGGACGCCGCCAUGCCGGGCCUCGGCGCCGACGAGCGCCAGGCCCUGUGGCACGCCGCCGUCGACACGCUGGCGCGCCUGCACCGCGUACGGCCCGCUGACGUCGGGCUCGCGUCCUUUGGUCGCGCCACGGGCUUCUACGACCGCCAGAUCCAGACGUGGAGCACCAUUUGCGCGAGCCAGGCUGGCGCCGUCGACGUCGAGACCAACGAGCCCGUCGGCGACCUGCCGCAUUUCAGGGACAUGAUUGACUUCUUCAAGGACGCGAGGCGGCAGCCGCGCGAAUCGGGGCACGCUGAUUCACGGCGACUACAAGAUUUGACAAUAUUCGUCUUUCACAAGACGGAACCCGCGGGUGAUUGGGAAUCCUGGAUUCUUCACGGCGUCACGGGACGGCGUCAACGCGCACAAGGGCUUCUCCCCGGCGCGACGCCCGGCCUGCCCGACGCCACGCAGGUCGUGCGCUGGUACGCCGACGUGUCCGGGUACGACCCCGCCGCCGAGUUCGGCUGGGGCAUGGCCUUCAACGUGUUCCGCCUGUCGGCCGUGUGCCAGGGCAUCGCGGCGCGGUACGCGCGGCGCCAGGCCAGCAGUGAGAAGGCGAAGCAGUACUCGGAGACGAGGGCGCCGCUGGCCGAGUUUGCGUGGGAGCUAGUGGAGACGAGCCGCAAGGGCGAGGGCGCCGUGGCCAAGCUGUAG